UGUCCUUGAUGACGUAUUUGCGUUGUUGGGCGACGUGCUGACGUGAUCAUGACAUGACGUUUUUUUUUUGUUCGUUAUGAUCGCCCGCACGUUUUAGACGUGUUAAUCAUGGCUGACUCCUAGGGUAGUAGUGGUCAGAAGCCGUUAGGAACACCUGCAUUAUUACAUGUGUUUACGACCGUGUAUUUACAACGCUGUGACCACCGAGGUAAAGACCCGCACUCAGACCGUUAGUUUCCCUGCGACUGUCCUCUCCCUCUGUCGCGGUUUCUCGACUUGAAGUCAGGACAUGUGGGUUUUCGGCUACGGCUCGCUCAUAUGGAAAGUGGACUUUCCUUACGAGGAGAAGAAAGUGGGCUUCAUUAAAGGCUUCAGUCGUCGGUUCUGGCAGGGCAGCACUGAUCACCGGGGUGUACCGGGAAAGCCAGGAAGAGUUGUAACACUGGUGGAGGACCCUGAGGGAUGUGUUUGGGGUGUGGCCUACAAGCUCCCAACAGGCCAGGAGCAAGAGGUAAAGAACUACCUUGACUUCAGAGAAAAAGGUGGUUACCAAGUCAUCACUGUGACCUUUCACCCCCGUCCACCUCUCGCACCUCCGCCCAACCAGACGCUGCUCUACAUCGGCUCUCAAGACAACCCCGACUACCUCGGCCCGGCACCUUUGGAAGACAUAGCCAGGCAGAUUGUCAGCUCCACUGGACCAAGUGGGAAAAACUCAGAGUACCUUUUCCAGCUGGCCAACGCUGUGAGGACAAUUCUGCCCGAGGACUCAGAUGAUCACUUGUUUUCUCUGGAAGCUCUAGUGAGAGAGAGACUACAAAAUAGGCAAAAACACACCAGCCAUCCUAAUAGCUGUGGUAAUAUUCAAAUAUCUUGAACAAUGCAUUGAAUGGCAUUAUAGGAAAAUCUCAGGGAUUAGAGUAUAUGAUAUGAUAUAUAUACAUUAAUAUAUUAUCUCAAUCCUGUAUUUAUGACACCUGUUUAUCCAUUGAAAAAAACUUGAAAAAUAAUGUGCAUGGGGCCAACUCAGGACAUGUGGUCCGUCUCUCAUGGGUUGGCAUCUAAACAAACAAAUAAGAGCUGGGUCAUGUUGUCUACAUUUGAUAAAUGCAGAGAAAAUCAUCUUCAUUUAGUCAAAGUAAAUCAGCUUUCCCAGAUUUAUGGAGGUGUGGAUUUAUUCCGACAGGAGUGACAGUGCAACAUGAAGGUAAUUUUCACAGCUGUCAUCGCAUCUGACUUGAAGUAUUCUCUAACAAGUAAACAGAGGUUUGGGCAAAGAUGGUUUCCUUGUUGUAGGCGUUAACUCAUCCAUGAGUUGAUUGCCUGACUGUGAAAUGUUAUCGGCGAGAGCGAGAAAGUGCUUAGUAGUGAUUAGGUUUGUGAAUAUUUUAGUAAAUACCUUGCUAGUAAUUUAUAGGCAUAAUUAUGAUUGGACUGAUAUUUUAGCUUGAAUUGCCCUUCUAGAAAAGUCCACUGUGUUAGCUUAGCUGAUCAGAUUGUACAGUUCAUUUCUAAAGGUGAAAGGAAAUAUAAAAUGACUUUGCUGAUGCUCUGAGUGUACGCUAACCUGCAUUAAAUAAUAAAAUAUUUUCCUUGCACUAGGA